UGUAAAUGCAAACAGUUUUGACCUAGACUGAAGCCUAAUCUCUCUCUCUCUCUCUCUCUCUCCAACGUUUAUUAUCAAAAAACUUCAUCUGCCAUCGUUCCAAUUCAGAAUCAACUCUUCUGUAGUACGUACCUUUUUCUUCAGGUUGCCCAGAGAUGGACUCCGUUAGAGGACAAGGAGGCAUCCAGAUGCUGCUAACAGCAGAACAGGAAGCUCAACACAUUGUUAACAGCGCUAGAAACUCGAAGAUGGCUCGCUUGAGACAAGCUAAAGAAGAAGCUGAGAGGGAAGUGCAACAGUAUCGCAUCAAUAUGGAGGCUGAGUACCAAAACAAACUUUCGGAGACAAGUGGGAGUUCUGGAUCCAAUGUAAAAAGGCUCGAGGAAGAAACAGAAACGAAGAUUAAGAGUUUGAAGGAAUCGGCCUCCAAAGUCCAAUCAGAUAUUGUUGGCAUGGUUAUGAAGUAUAUCACUAAUGUGAAAAUUUGAAGCGUGCAGUCACAAUAUAUGUAGAGUUGGUGCAGAGAGAGCCUGGAAUAAUGGAGUGCAUAGCUAUCGCAGACAGGAUAGUUUUCCAAUUUUGAUAAGCAUUAUCUUUAUAUGUUUAAAGAAUGCCUUGGCAAAGAAUUUGCUCUAGUUCCUGUUUUAUUUUCAACAUGUUUCUAUUUCCUUCUGUUCCGAUAAUACUUUUGACAUUAUACUGUAUCUCAUAUACUCUA